AUGGAAUUCGCAUCACAAGCUUUGUGGAUAGCCGUACCAGGCCUUGCUGCUCUUCUCCUUGCAUCCGCCAUGGGGCUAUUCAACUGGAAGAAUCAUAUGCCCGUCGAGGGCAAGACCAUCCUUCUGACCGGCGCGUCCGAGGGAAUGGGUCGCAGUGUCGCCCUUCGACUCGCCGCCAAGGGCGCGAACCUCGUCCUCGUUGCCCGCAACGCCGUCCGCCUCGAGGAGCUGAUCACCGAGUGCAAGUCAGCCGCCAAGAACCCCUCGACCCAGCGCUUCAAGUACAUCACCGCCGACAUCACCCUCGAGAACUACGCCGCACCCCUCCUCGAGGAGGUCAAGGCCUGGAACGGCGGCCGCAGCCCGGACAUUGUAUGGUGUAUCGCCGGCAUGGCCAGCACCGGGUUCUGGAUCGACACGCCGUUCUCACAGACACGCCGCAACAUGGAUGUCAACUUCUACGGCACGGCGGAGAUGGCGCACGCCAUUCUGAGGGAAUGGCUUGCGGUGGACGCCCCCGUCGAGGACGAGCCGAAGCACCUGAUCAUGACUACUAGUGUCGUUGCCUUCUUUACUGUGGCUGGAUACGGGCCGUACGCUUCGUCCAAGUGGGCUAUUCGUGGCCUUGCGGAUACCCUGUCGCAAGAGUUGCUGCUGUACCCGCAGAACGUCAAGAUUCACGUUGUGUUCCCCGGAACUAUCACCAGCCCUGGUUUGGAGAACGAGAACUUGACCAAGCCCCAGAUCACGCACCAGCUGGAGGAGCUUGACCCCGUUCAGACUCCUGAUGAGGUUGCCAGAUUGGCUAUCAAGGGUCUGGAGAAGGGCGAAUACUUCGUCACUGUCGCGUUCCUGGGAAGCUUGAUGAAGUGGAGUGGUCUUGGAGGAUCACUCAGGAACAAUUGGGUCCUUGACACCGUCAUGAUUUGGGUUACCUCUUGGGUCUGGGUGUUCAUGCUGCCUGACCUGCUCAGACAAUGCAGGAACUAUGGCAAGAAGCACGGCCACCCUGCCACGUACCCCAAGCCCAAGGCGAGCUCAUAA